GACGGCCGUCUCCAUCAACGAGACUUGACGGUGGAUCAUGACUACAAUCAGUGCACUGGCUGCUGCAGAAGCUGGAGAGCCCGAGGAAAGGGGGCAUAUAGAGGUCUGUCUGUCCGUCUGCACCACCGACUACGUGCGGCCACACUAAACCUCGUGUGUGGUGUGCUUUCUUCUGCUCCAGGCUGACCAUCUUUCGGCCUCUGUGGCCUUCCACGGGACCCCGCGGACAACAGAGAGGUAUGGCAAUGCACGGGGCAUGCACCUUACCGAUGGCAUUGUGCCGUUGGGUGUCCCUCAGAGACCAGGAGAGCGGCCACACCUUCUCGACACAAGUACCUUCAGCCCAAAGGCUGUUUGUGUGCCCGCACGCGCCCUUGCGUUGUUAUCGUGUGCAGUUUGAUGUGUUGUUCGGUGCCGUGAUCGUGCUGAAUGCGGUGAUAAUUGGAGUGGAGGUGGACUGGGGCAAAAAGAUGAAGGAGGGAAAGGGCAGGCGGUACGCGACAUGGCAUUGCAUCAUCCGCAUGGACGCACACGUGCAUGUCUGAUUGGGUGUUGGGUAUUGGUUGGUGUCUCGUCUGUCUGCCAGAGAGCUCCAUUGGUUCGUCCUCGAGGUCAGGAAGGAGACAUGACCACCCAGCACAAACAUAUGCAUACGUACAAGGCCUCAAUCGUCUGUGUGGUCAUAAAUCGCUCCGGAGAACAUCUUUGCAGCGGUGUUCUUUCUCGAGUUUGUGUUGCGGUAUCGUGUGCUGCGAAACAUGUACUUCAGGGACGCGUGGAACUGUACGCUGUCAAUGCGAUUGUUCUACACUUACUUGCCAGCAGUCCGUUUAAUGUUUGUGUGUCAGGCUUCGAUUUCUUUCUGGUGGUGGUCGCUGCUGUCGAUGUGUGGGUGCUCACGGUGAGCUAGACAGGGUGUCCAUUCGCAAUGGACACGUGUGUGCGCUUGCGUCCCUUCUGUGCCUUCAGUGGAUCAUGGAGACAACAGCAAGCGCUAUUCGGGUACGCGAACUGCGCACUGACGGAUGUGAUCAGAUUUUGUGGUUGGGUGUUCGUGUGUGUGCAAGUGUUGACGCUUCUGCGUAUUGUGCGUCUGUUUCGGCUUGCAAGACUGGUCAGGCUCUUCAGAAUUUUCAAGGAGCUGUGGUACGCCGCGCCAACCACACACGCGACUGCAUCGGUCCGUCCGUGUGCACGUGUGUCCACCGAUUGCGUUGCAUUGCAGGUUGUUGAUGAGCGGCCUGGUGACGUCGAUGAGGACCCUUUCGUGGGUGGGCCUCCUGCUGUUCCUCUUCCUAUACAUAUCUGCCAUAUUGUAACCACACACAGACAGCACAGCACAGCACAGAGCUCAAUUGUACAUCUUUGUUUGUGUGCACAUGUGUGUGUCUUCUGUGGGUGCAUUUGCUCGGCAGUGUGACACAGAUUGUCAAGCAAUCGUCGGAAUUUGAAGGAGAUGAAGAGGUACAUAGGCUGGGUGGCUGGGUGGGUGGGUGGGAGACACACACCUUUGCGCACCAAUAUGCCACAGGUCCGCGAUCUGUGGGGCACGGUGCCCCGCUCGAUGUAGGUCUGGGAAGGAGAGACACACUGGCGCACAUUGCCUGGUCUGUGUGUGUGUAUGUGUGUGUGUGUGUGUGUGUGCGUAGGUUCACGCUGUUCCAAGUCAUGACGAUGGCCGACUGGGCAGGUAGACAAAGAAGCAAUGCGGUGGUGUGCAUCAUUCGUCGAUGUGAGCAUACGUCUACGCAGAGCCGGUCCGUCACGUCAUGACCAAGAUGCCCUGGCUCGCAGCAUUCUUCAUCCUCUUCAUCGGGUACGUCCCCACACCGACAACAUACGGCAACACACUUGCCUGUGUCUUGUCAGUGUGACUGCUUUCGCCAUCAUGAACCUGGUCAUCGGCAUCAUCUGCGAAAGCACUCUCUCGGCCGUCAACAACGACGAACGAGAGGUCAGUCAGCCAUUUAUUCCAGAAGGACAACUAUGUAUGUGCCAAAGGUGUCUGCGAUCAGGUGAACCUGAAGUUGGAAGAGGAGUGGCGGACGUUGCUGGAAUCGCUCCACGACAUAUUCGACACCAUGAACCACAAUGUACCAAUCGAGAUGUCAGCCGCUGGGCCAUAGACGGCAGAUGUGUGUGUGUGUUGUGUGCGGCGCAGAGCGACGGGGCCAUCUCUCGUGACGACUUUCUCGAUGCACUGCAAGACGACAAAGUCAUGAUAGACAGAGGCACACAUAAAAGCACGGUCUCAUUGCUGGCUCUUCGUGCAGGUGGUCGGCCGCUUGCUGGCUGUUGGAAUUGAGGUGGUCGAUGCGGAGGAGCUCUAUGACGUGCUCGACGCCAACGGUAUGCCAUGCGCACACACGCACAGGACCGAUCGGCCGAUCGGUUCCUGUGCCCUGUGUGUGUGUCAGGCGAUGGCGUGAUCAGUCUGGAUGAGUUCAUCGACGGCUGCGUCCGUCUCAAGGUGCGCCAGAGCGAGAAACAGAGAGACACUUGGACGUGCGCUGUCUCUCUCUGGUGUGCAGGGUGCGCCCAAGUCAGUGAACCUGCUGGCGGUGCAGUGCGACCAGCGCAACAUCAAGCGAAGGCUGGUUCACCUCGAGAAACGACUCGACACGCUCAUCGCCGCCGCGGUGCAGUGCGUCGCCACCCGCACAAAAGGGGGCGACCGUCGUCAGACUCAAGCAGCCGAUGACGACGCCGCACAAGACAACAAAGACAGCAGCAGCAGCAGCAGCAGCAUUGGCGGAGAACCAGAACCGGGCGAGAAAACACACCCAGAGGUGCUGCGCCAUGACAUCUGUGACCGAUUUGCCGAUGCUCGAACGUCUGUUGUGCUGUGUCUCAUGUCUCAGAAGGGGCGCACGGCAAUCGGCGCCGGCAAGGGCGUCGAUUUCACCCAUCAGUGGCUCAAGCGCAGCCGCACCGACCAUCACCACCACCACCACCGUCAGCACAGCAGCAGCAGCAGCAGCAACGAUGACGACCCAAUCAAGCGCGCCUCCACCACCACCGACAAUCUGCAAGGCAGCAUCCAGCUCUCCCUCUCCCAACCGCCCUGCCCUGCCAUCGACACCGAAGCGAUGCACACACACACGUGCGAAGGGCUGCAUGAGAGCGGCCAUGGAAUGGGUGUGUCGAUGCGGGCGUCUCCGUCGGAUGGAGACAUGCACCCGCCCAACUCGCCGCCGCGGUCUGAGCCGACGUGUGCAGAUGCACCUAAUGCAGAUGGUGGCAUGACGGUCGAUUAUGACGUGGGAGAAGGCCGUGGGUCUCGGCGUGUGUCCGUCGGAUUGCCUCAUGUAGACGAGCGGUGAGGGUGUGUGUGGGAGUCGAUGGAGGGAUGGAUGGAUGGAUGGUCUUUGGACGGCACAACAGAGACAGGAGCAACGCCACUCGUCCGACAAGACGUUUGUGGUUAGUAUGUGGCGGCGUUGGUGGAGCGUAGCUUUUCGCUGCUCAACGACCGGCCAUCUCUCGUAGACUGAAGGAGCGAAUCAACGAACGAACGAACGAACGAGCCAUUCAUGUAGGCAUGCAGCAGGUAGUGGUGUGUGUGUAGUGUACCUCACGUAGUUGCCAGCAGUCAGCAAACACGCAUGGCAUGGACACAUCGAUGCAGUGGGCAGUGGGCGAGUGGGUGCGGUCACUCUCAUGGAACACAUAUGCAUAUGGAUGGAUGGAUGGAUGCAUCACAUGUAGCUUGAAACGACGAAUGACAUGCAGGUAGGGUAGAGGUGGUGUACAGGAGUGAGUGUAUCAUGGUGGUGGUGUACACAUACAGCCUUUGCUCA